UCAGGAUCAUGUGUGUCCAGCUCUGUGUCUCUGAAGAGUGACUGCUCUAAAGAUGAUCCACCAGACCUCAGAGAGGAAACACCAUCAUCUGCUCAAAGGCUUCAGAGCUGUAAUCUCACUGUUCAGUGCUGUGAGAGUUUGUCUUCAGCUCUACAAUCCUCAAACUGUGUGCUGAGAGAGCUGGACCUGAGUAACAAUGACCUGCAGGAUUCAGGAGUGAAGAAGCUCUCUGAUGGACUGAAGAGUCAACACUGUAAACUGGACACACUGAGAUUGUCUGGCUGUAUGGUGACAGAGGAAGGCUGUGGUUUUCUGUCUUCAGCUCUGACUUCAAACCCCUCACACCUGAGAGAGCUGGAUCUGAGCUACAAUCAUCCAGGAGAUUCAGGAGUCAAGCUGCUCUCUGAACAACUGGAGGAUCCAAACUACACACUGGACAAACUCAAUCUGGAUCAUGGAGGAGAGACGAGGAUUACAGCUGGACUACACAAAUAUGUCUGUUUCCUCACUCUGGAUCCAAACACAGCACACACUCAACUCAUUCUGUCUGAGGAGAACAGAGAGGUGAAGUGUGUGAGAGAGAAUCAGCCGUAUCCUGAUCAUCCACACAGAUUUGAUGAUUAUUCUCAGGUGUUGUGCAGAGAGAGUGUGUGUGGACGCUGUUACUGGGAGAUUGACUGGAGUGGAGAUGUUGGUGUGUGUAUAUCAGUGUCAUAUAAGAGCAUCAGGAGGAAGGGAGGAGGUGAUGAGUGUGAGUUUGGAUCUAAUGCUCAGUCCUGGAGUUUGUUCUGUGAUUCCUCCAGUUUCUCAUUCAGUCACAAUAACACACGCACUGAUCUCCCAGUGAAGGCGCUCAGCAGGAGAAUAGGAGUGUUUGUGGAUCACAGUGCAGGAACUCUGAUCUUCUACAACAUCUAUAGAGACACAAUGAGCCUCAUCCACUCAGUCCAGACCACAUUCACUGAGCCGCUCUGGCCUGGGUUUACUGUUUAUCCUGGAUCAUCAGUGAAACUGAGCUGA